CUCUGCGCCAGGCGCUCAAUUCGCUUUUCUCUCCCGACGCGUUCGGUUCAGUUGGAGGAGCUGCUUUGGAGCUUCGUACUCGUGCGUUCGUGUGUGUAAAAUCAAGUGAAAGACAUGAACGAAAAGAAAAGCGAGACGUGAUACUAAAACUACCUACAAAAUAAAAACAAAAGUGCAGGCCAAUUGAUGACAAACUUUUGUGCCGCCUGCAUUUUUUCUUUAGCCUUAAUUUUGUGCUUCCUGUGAAUUAAACGACAAAAAAUACAAAAAAAAAAAAAAACAAGAAAUUUAAGGAAAAAUAAAAGCAGCGCCGUGAGAGUGAGAGCGCAACAAGUGGAAUCCAACAGAAAAACUUUCAUCACAAAAGCCGGCUGUCUGGAGAGAGAUAGCGAGAGAGAGUGCUGAGCUGUAAUUCUCUUCGAAUUUUUUGCGUCUGGAAUUUCUUCAUCACAUCGUCCAACAUGGCUUCCUGGCUCCUGAACGAGUUCUCCGUGGCGGCUGUUGUCCUGGAAAGCCGCCUGGAUGCGGUUCUGCUUCGAUCGGCUGUGCUUCGCAACUAAGCGGCCAGCCACCACCCAUGCACCACAACCACCACCACAACAACCACCACAACCACCAACCCACAAUAGCAAUAGCCAUCAGACAAGCACAACAGAUGCACCACCAAGAAGCACCACAGAUCAAGUAGUAGCACCACCACCACCGGCCAGUGAUCUGUUCUAUGCCGAGUACCAGAAACUGCAGCCGGCGAUAAUCGAUCGGGAGAGGGAGACAAAGCCACCGGACAUAGCCACCGUGGUGGUGGUGGAGCAUCAUCUACAGCCGAGGGAGAUUGAGAGCCGAGCCACCGAGGGAGUGGAGGAGCAGCAGAUACUGAGAAAGAGCUAUCGCCGGCACAGCAGCGCCGAAGAUCAGCCGAAACCGAAGAGGGCCGAGUCGAGCACGGAGGCGAUACGAAAAGCGGCCAGUAUGCAGCAGGAGCCGAACGCCAACUAUCAGUUCCCAACGGACUUGGGUCUGGUGAGCAUCGUCAAUAAUAAUAAUAAUAAUAAUAUCGGCGGAGGAGGAGGCGGAGUAGGAGGGGGUAAUCCCAACAAUAACACCAACAAUAACAACGGUCUGGUGGGUGGCAUUGUGACCUUGCCAGCGGCGGGUGGCCUUAUCGGAUUAGAGCACACGGCAUCGGGUCUGAGACUGAUACCAGCACCGCCACCCCACUCGGAUGUACUGACGCACACUCUGAUCUAUGGAACACCGCCAUCGGGUGCCCAGCAACUCCACCAGGAUCCACGUAGUUUGUUGCACCAACAGGAGCUGCAACUGCAGCAGCGCUACCAGCAACUGCAACAGCUCCAGGCCCAGACCCAGGGCCUGUACACCGCCCAGGGUAGUCCGGUGCUGUACCACCAGCCGAGUCCCGGCUCCAGCCAGCCGGUGGCCAUCCCAGGAGCCGCCAGCUGCAACUCACCCACCCAACUGCAGCCGCCCAACAGCCUCAGCCUUCAGCUCAACCUCCAGCAGCAGAUGCAGGGAUUGCGGAUCUCCGGCUGCACUCCCAGCGGAUCGGCUGGGUCGGCCACACCCUCGCCGGUAGGGAUGGUGGAUCCCAACCACCAGAUGAUGGGCGGCAACUAUGUGGCGGCCACGCCGCAGGAGGAGCGCUUCAUCCAGAUCAUCCAGGCCAAGGAGCUCAAGAUCCAGGAGAUGCAGCGCGCCCUCCAGUUCAAGGACAACGAGAUAGCCGAGCUCAAGUCCCACCUGGACAAGUUCCAGAGCGUCUUCCCCUUCAGCCGCAGCAGUGCGGCGGGCUGUGCCGGCACGGGCGGCGGGGCAGGGUCGGCCGGAGGCAGUGGGAGUGGCCCCAGCACGGCCACAGGAGCCACCCGCAAGUCCGGCCAGACCUUCCAGAGGCAGAGGGCCCAGGGUAUCUCCGCGGAGCCCCAGAGCGAGUCUUCUGUUCUACUGGAGCAUGUCAGUUUUCCCAAAUAUGACAAGGAUGAACGAUCCCGUGAACUCAUCAAGUCUGCCAUUUUGGACAAUGACUUUAUGAAGAACCUGGACCUCACCCAGAUCCGGGAAAUAGUCGACUGCAUGUAUCCUGUCAAGUAUCCAGCCAAGAAUCUGAUCAUCAAGGAGGGCGAUGUUGGCAGCAUUGUCUAUGUUAUGGAGGAUGGCCGCGUUGAAGUCUCCCGCGAGGGCAAGUACCUCUCGACCCUCUCCGGCGCCAAGGUCCUGGGCGAGUUGGCCAUCCUGUACAACUGCCAGAGGACGGCGACCAUCACCGCCAUCACCGAGUGCAACCUGUGGGCCAUCGAACGCCAGUGCUUCCAGACCAUCAUGAUGCGAACGGGUCUGAUCCGGCAGGCGGAGUACACGGACUUCCUCAAGAGUGUUCCCAUCUUCAAAGACCUGGCGGAUGACACGCUCAUUAAGAUCUCCGAUGUCUUGGAGGAGACCCACUACCAGCGAGGUGAUUAUAUUGUACGGCAGGGUGCCCGGGGCGAUACCUUCUUCAUAAUAUCGAAGGGCAAGGUGCGGGUGACGAUCAAGCAGCAGGACACCCAGGAGGAGAAGUUCAUACGGAUGCUGGGCAAGGGUGAUUUCUUCGGCGAGAAGGCACUCCAGGGCGAUGAUCUCCGGACGGCCAACAUUAUUUGCGAGUCCCCCGAAGGCGUCAGUUGUCUGGUCAUUGAUCGCGAGACCUUCAAUCAGUUGAUUUCGAAUCUGGACGAGAUCAAGCACCGCUACGACGACGAGGGAGCCAUGGAGCGCAGAAAGAUCAACGAGGAGUUCCGGGACAUAAACCUCACAGAUCUUCGGGUCAUUGCCACCCUGGGAGUUGGUGGCUUCGGGCGUGUGGAACUGGUCCAAACCAAUGGCGACAGUUCCAGGUCAUUCGCUCUGAAACAAAUGAAAAAGUCACAGAUUGUGGAGACACGCCAGCAGCAGCACAUCAUGUCCGAGAAGGAGAUCAUGGGCGAGGCCAACUGCCAGUUCAUUGUGAAGCUCUUCAAGACCUUCAAGGACAAGAAGUACCUGUACAUGCUGAUGGAGAGCUGUCUGGGCGGAGAGCUCUGGACGAUUUUAAGGGACAAGGGUAACUUUGAUGACAGCACCACCCGCUUCUACACGGCCUGUGUGGUGGAGGCCUUCGACUACCUGCACUCCCGGAACAUCAUCUACCGCGAUCUGAAGCCGGAGAAUCUGCUCCUCAACGAACGGGGCUAUGUGAAGCUGGUGGACUUUGGCUUUGCCAAGAAACUGCAAACGGGCAGGAAGACCUGGACCUUCUGCGGCACUCCGGAGUAUGUGGCCCCGGAGGUGAUCCUCAAUCGGGGACACGACAUCAGUGCGGACUACUGGUCACUGGGAGUGCUUAUGUUUGAGCUGCUAACAGGAACUCCUCCAUUUACCGGGUCGGAUCCCAUGCGUACCUACAACAUUAUACUUAAGGGCAUCGAUGCCAUAGAGUUCCCCCGGAACAUCACCCGUAAUGCCAGCAAUCUUAUCAAGAAGCUCUGCCGCGAUAAUCCAGCGGAGCGUUUGGGCUACCAGCGUGGGGGAAUCAGUGAGAUACAGAAGCACAAAUGGUUCGAUGGCUUCUACUGGUGGGGCCUGCAGAACUGCACUCUGGAGCCGCCAAUCAAGCCGACAGUUAAGAGUGUGGUGGACACCACGAACUUCGAUGAUUAUCCGCCCGAUCCAGAGGGACCGCCGCCGGAUGAUGUCACUGGAUGGGACAAGGACUUCUAAAGGGGGGGAAUAUAUUCUAGGGAAGCCUUCGAUUCUUUUCCAAGACGAUGCUCUCUAAAGGAUCAGCUACGCUUCUGCUACGGAUCUGAGAAACAAGCUAAUGAGGAGAAAGUGAUCUUAAGUGCGCCAUAAGUACGCCAAAGCCAACAGCAACAGUCAGCAGCUCGCAUCUAAAAGCUGCCAAAAAAAAACAAAACAAAUAAAAAUAAAAAUAAAAAUAGAAGGGAAGAGACAGGAGUAGCAGUCGCAAGGCCAAGGGCCGCCACCCCAGCACACAAUCAUCCAUCGUCUUAGACCUUAGUGGUAUCUUACAGAUGAUAUCCACAUGAUGUGCAACGCAAUGAAUUUAUUAACGAGUUUAUAACUAUUAUUUUGUAACAAGAGAAUGUGUCUAGUUCGUUUGGAAUUGAUAUAAAUUGUAAGUAGGUUUUUUUUGACUCUGUACUUCCAGAGGCCUGUUAGCCAUGUGCAUUGUAUAAAUUCGAUCUAUUUGUAUCUACUAGUAACCUAAUUAUAAUACAUAAAUAUCAUUGUUAAUCUAUAUACAUAUAUGCGAAACUUACGAAUCGGGUUGCCUUAUAGUCUAUAAGUAACACUUUGAAGCAACACCUGACCACGGUCUUCCGUCAUACCAACAUGCCCUAAAAAAUAUUUGUUAAAAUUCAGAACCCUAGCCUCUCUCUCUUUUAUUUUUCAUUAGUCUUAGCGAUCAUGUCUAUUAUUUUACGAAUAAUAUGCCUUUUUAAAUGUCUCUUUUUUUAAGUAAAUCAGUUAGAAAUUGAAUAAACAAAUUUAUGCGAUGAACAAUUCUUGAAUCUA